GCACUGGCAGGGGCGCUAGCUGCACACAAAUUUACCACUAGUUCAGGAGUUAACUGUCAGGCCAUGGCUGCAGAAGAUGAGAUGCUGACGGCAUGGCUGCAGCAGCCUGAAUUCCGCCUCUUGCAAAGCAAAUGAAGCUACCUAGUCCUCUGGAGAACAAACUUCCCUAGAUUCUGGCUCGGAUGGACAGAGAUUCAAAAGACGCUGCGAGGAUGAAUCCAGACAAGGGUGGGGCUGGCGCCAAAGUUAGCGCAGCAGAGGCUGCGGGUAAGCAAGGACUAAAAGGGGGCCCCAAGGGCGUCCCUUCGGCCCUCGUGCCUCCUAACCUGACAGAGCGUCAACAACUGGCCCUCCUGCUGAAACAGACAAAGACUGAGUCAGUUCCGGCACCUUCCGAAAGCGACUCUGAGGUCAGCGAUGACAGCGACGAUGACGGGAGCUCGAGCGGGGGGGAUAACAGGAGGAAGCGGAAAGGGGGCCACGGCGAGAGGGAGAAUGUGAAGCGUCCAAGAGGGGAGGGGAAGCAGACGGGUGACCCCGAACGAAGCGAGAUGGAUGAUAGAAGAAGAGGGGACGAGAAGAAGGAGGACGAGGGCAGGAAGCAGAUAAGAGAUGGUCAAGAAGGGGGCAUAAGGGAUGGAGAUGGACAAGGUUUGGACGAAACGGCGCCCGCAGGUUUCGGACAUUCGGGCGGCCGUCUUCCGCCCCCGAUUCCAAUGCCGCGGGGGAUGGGAAAGCGGACGAGAGUGCGGCAGCGGAGAACCGGUGCAGGUGAUCUGAGGCUGCAUGAGGGCAGUGGGAGCGGGGAGGACGAUGACGAUCCACUGCCCGUGUGGCGUCCCGAGGAGUUUGCGUCCUGGCCCCCGGCAAAGCAGGCAGCGUGGAACAAUCUCGCGAUUGACGCCAACGCAUUUUACGAGAAGUACGCACCCCCAGGUCACGAGUUGGACCUCGGGGAAUGGACUUUGGAGGAGCAAACCCGCUUCGUGCAAAUGCUGAAGGAUCACCCGGUUGAGAACGACCAGUGGGGGCUCUUCUCCAUGCACUUCCCAAGCCGCAACGGGAUGCAGUGCCGUCAACUCCACGCGAAGCUGGUCAAGUCGGGCGUCAUCAGUACCGAUCGGCAAGCUGCUUCAAGCGGUUCCGAUGCUCUGACACCUGUCGCCGCGGCUCCGAGCCCCGGGACUUCGGACGCAACCCCCGCCAAGAGAGACGAUCCCAAUCGGAGCGAAGUGCAAAAGAGGCCGAAGCAGGACGGGGACGCGGGAUUGCCUCCGCAGAAAGAUGCUGGAGCGGACGAGAGGCCCGGUGUUCCUUUGAGAACAAACGACUACAGGGAAUCGAGCAAGCAAGACGGAAUCGGCGGACUCCGAGGGGAAUCAACAAAAAAGGAUUUGUCGAAACGUGAAGCUGGUGAAGAUCAGCUACCAAAGAAGAUUGAGGCGGGGCGGGGUUCCUUGGAGCGGCGCCCCUCGGGAGACAAGGGAAAUCUGGCCGUGAACGAAAGGGGACGGAAACCGGUGGAGAGUGAAAGGGGCGAGGACGAGCAAAAGGGUGACCGAAGAUCGGCGAUGACUACAGACGGGGAAGCAGGAACAGAGGAUGAGGAGACAGUGGGUGGGUCUGGAAAGGUCGAGUCGAGGGCUGUAGUCCAAGGAAAAGACGAUGCAACGAAGGGGGGGCAUGGAGCGGAGACUUCUUUCGACACGCAGCGGGUCAAGGGUGACGUCAGCGGGAGAGAUGACGUCAGCAAGAAGGACGGCGUCACCGGGCCAGCUCCAGGGACGGUGUCUCGACCCGUAGAGGGCGUACGGAUUUUGCACUUGGGCGGAGGAGCGGAGGGGAAGGGGAAGGAGAAGGGGUCCGACAUGCCCAAAGUGACUGUAAAGCCCAUCACUGCGGCUGACAUGGCGCCGAGGGCCAAGGGCGAGGCGCCAGGUGGCGGCCAUCGGAAGCACAGGGACAAGAACGACAGGAUGGCGGGGGUCAAGAUCAUCCGGAGGAACACGGACGCGCCGACAAGUGUCACCUUGGUGCGGCGCCACCUGGCGCCACACCUGAUGGCCAAGGCGCCAGCUGUCGCGCUAGCGCUGCCCGCGAUCGCAAAGCCGGUGGGGGCCGGCCCGGCCGCCGCCCCUGGGAAACAGAUGCGCAUGCCGAACGGGAAGUUUGGGCCGUCGAUGCAGCCGAAGCCGAAAAGCUCGGACGAGGGGGGGGGUCCGAUCACGCUGUACCGGAUGGUAGACGGGGAGAAAGUUUCGCUGACCAUCCGGAAGCGAGAGGGGGAGGGGGAGGACGGCGAAGUCAAGAAGCGGUCGCAUAAACCGGGGGUGGAUUCUGAGGGCGAAGCGCCGAAGGGGCUGACUGUGGUUCUGGGGGGAAAGACGGUGCACAAGCGGAAGCGGUUGAGCGACCCCGCGCGAGCGGCGUCGCCCGCGAGGGAGCGCGCGAAGGAGUCCGAAGCGGGGGGACUAAAGCGGCGGGAAAGCUCCGACGCGCUCUUCAAGGCCGUGAAAAAGGUGCGGAUUCGGCAUCCCGCGUCGGAUGCAGACCCCGGGGGGGGGGAGGGGACCCCCCCGGGGCGAGAUGACAAGCAGCCGAAGAAGCGGAAACGGAUGGGGGGGGAGGCUCCACUACGGUGGGCGUUUGCGACCACCCCCCGGCUCGCGUCAAAUCCGUCAACCCCCCACAGUAACGCGGAGGGGGGGCAGGCAAACCACGAUGAAGAAGGGGGCAGCUUUCAACAACCGGGGGGCAUGUCGGCACGCGUUUCGAGUAGAGAGCUGCAGCAACUUUUGCCCGCUAGCAGCCCGGCGUAUUCACCCCUCCUUUCGCUGGCCAGCUCGAGGAAGCGCGACCGAGACGUGUUAAACGGCCCCUUCCGCAGGGCCGGGGGAGGGUUCGAAGAUCCGCAGCCGCCAAUCCACACGAGGAGGCUCUUGGCGGCGUGUAAGCUGCUCGGGGUGCUGGACCGGAGAGAGGCCAAGUGGCACGCCAGCGUUUCGGGGGGGUGGAAAGAUGGGGCAAACGGCCGGUUGCAGGACCCCUCGGAAGCGAAGGAAGAUCCAACUCGAGCUGUGGAGGACGCUAUUGAAGGCAGCGAAGAGGCGCCAAGGGUUCCAGACGACCCCCCCGAAACGGGACCAGAUACUAUGCAGAUUGACGACGCGCACCCCGAGGCUGAAAAAGCCCCUGCGUCUGCGAACGAACCCCCUAAAACUGAAACCGUUCCCGUGGAAGAAGGACCGGACCCCCCCGAAACGAAAGCGGGUGCUCCGGACAGGCAAGAAAACGAAGCUGUGGGUGCGGAGAAGACUGCGGAUUUGGAGGCGCCUUCGGGAGGGGGGACGGAGGGUGAUCCCUCGACGGAAGGAGAAUUGGGGAAAGUACCAGAGGCAAUUUUGCGGAGAAGGGAAGAGCUCUUUGCUGAGCGGGUCAAGCUUCAGAAGAGGUGGCUCUUCGAUUAUGAAAUCCUGGAGAGUAGCUUUGAGCGGCAGUACGAGCGGGCGCUUGACGACGAACCUGCCACGGAUGAGGAGAAAGGCGCGGCCGCCGCAAGUACGUCAAACCACGCUCUACGAUCGACCAGGGGACAAGCAGAGGGAGCGCACCCCUUCCUCCGGAGCGCGGACGGCGCCUCGCCGGCGGUUCCGCACCAGAUGUCGAAGAGGUACGUGGAGGUGCUGUUCGAGCGGUGCCGGGAGGACCUUCUGCGGCGGUACCAGAUGGAAGCGGACACUUUGGACAACUGGCACAGGUGGUUGGCGGAAAGUUCGGGGUCGCUUGCCGCGGCCGCUCGGAUCGCGCUCGAGCAAAUUCCUCUUGAUCCCCGGCACCUAAUAGAUGUAUGAUCCACAAGCUGACGGACGACAGUCCACAGAAAUGUGUACAUAGGACCAAAGCAAGCGCAAUAAGUCUUGAGAACGAAAGAGAAGACACUCUUAUCUGUUCCUGCAAAUCGAUGUGGAGAAAACCCACUUUGCUUGCCGUGUUUGUUGCCUUCAUAUAGGCUAGUACUUUGAUCACUUCAUUGGGCACGGUCCUAACAUUUGGUUAGUACCAAGCAGUCGCAUGCGACUAAAAUUGAAUCUGCCGCGCGAUGGGGGGAAUUGGCAUUGCAAGGUGCAUGUAGGUGCAGUCGCGCACUCGGGUUUUUGUGAUUCUUGUACGCUUCUUAACAUACAGCCCAUCAGUGUACGAUCGGAUCGAUAGCAUUGGUUAAGUUAGCCACCGAGGUUCCGUCAUUUCGACAUGACCGUACAGUGCAGGCCCG